ACGGGAACUGACAGCCGUCAUUGUCAGAUAAUUGUCAGUGGACAAGGUGGACAUUUUAGUUUUAUUGUAAUUUUCUGCUGAAAACUGAAAGUUCCCAUUAAAACUAGUUUAAAGUAAACUUUUUGAUUGUGGAUUACAAUGAUGCCCAAACCGCACUCCCAAAAGUUCCCAAAUCGCAAUAAUGGAGGAGAUCGUGAAUUCCACGGGGAUGAUUUUCGAGGUGGCAAUCGUCGAGUGUCUUUUAAACCUGGCCGUAACCGCUCUGAUCACACACACAGGAUCAAGGACUAUACGAAAGCUCUCCGGUUGCACCUGGAGGAAGAGGAUAUUGAUAUGAAUAUUGGUGGAGCCGGUGGGGGCUUUGUGAAGAAUUACCGAAAGGGAAAACGAGGCAGAGGAGGCAGACAAUCCUCACCCAAUCCCAUUGAGAUGAGAAGAUGCCUGGUAGGCCCCACGGGAUGGUACAGAGUCACGAUCCCCUAUGGCGAUAAAUAUGAGAAGAGUUUCAUUUUGAAGUUCUUGCUGGAAAAAAUACAGCCACUGCCUCUUUGUCCCGUGGCAUGGCAAACGGCCGGAUCUUCUGUAAUCUUUUACGUGGACGAAUACAAAGUAGCUGACAAGCUUCUAUCGUUGGACAGAAAAUUCCAGUUGCCCAGUGGUUUUAAACUGGUGAUUCGCGUCCAUCCCGGCACCCCUAAUGUCGACUUAACUCCCGAAGUCAAGGAAAAAAUGAAAGUCGCUAUGGCCAGAAGAUACAAUGCCACCACUAAAGCCUUGGACCUUACAAAAUUCCAUGCUGACCCUGAUUUGCAAGAUCAUUUCUGCGCCAUCUUUAAGCCUGUUGUUUUCAUUACUGUACUAGAGAUAAUUGAAGCCAACAUACCGUUUUUGGAGGCGAUUUGUCUAAACGAUAACAAGCUUGGAGUGUUUGGCUUUCUGAAGAAAGUGUCGAAAAGGUUUCCGCAUAUCAAAAUUUUACAUUUAUCUAAUAACAAAAUCAGGGACAUAAUGCAAUUGGAUACGUUCAUCGGGCUACCGAUUGUGGACUUGUUUUUGGAUGGAAAUCCUCUGUGUGAUAAGUAUAAGGACCAGAAUUCUUAUAUCAGUGAGGUGCGAAGAAAAUUUCCCAAGUGCAUGAAGCUGGACGGAAUAGAUUUGCCACCGCCAAUAGGCUUUGAUAUCGCCCAGGAAACUAAUCUACCAGAUCCACAGCAGACGUUCCUGUGCAAUACUGAAGGCGAAGCGAUUGUGAAGCAAUUUUUAGAGCAGUAUUUCCUGAUAUACGACAGCAAAAACAGACAGCCGCUGUUAGCGGCUUAUCAUGAAAACGCCAUGUUUUCGUUCACAACUGCGUACCCUUAUGGGUUGGGAAAGGAUAAAAACGUAUCAUGGCUGAACUGGUACCAAACAGAAAAUCGAAACGUUUUCAAAGUUGUGGAUAUCGAUCGGAGGUGUAAACUGCUGAAGCAAGGGCAACUUAGUAUCGUCUCUUUUCUGCAAGAUAUGCCCGACACGAAGCACGAUAUCCAAAGUUUUACGGUCGAUCUCACGUUAUUCACAUCUCAGAUGCUGUGCUUGAGCAUAUCAGGCAUUUUCAAGGAACUGAACACCGGCCAUAAAAUACCGCCUACCAGGUUCUUCUUUAGAACGAUAGUGAUUGUUCCCGCGGGAUCUGGCUUUUGUAUAGCUAAUGAAGAGUAUCAUAUCACAAAUGCCACUCCAGAUCAAGCCAAGGAAGCCUUUAAAACCCCUUCGCUUCCUCAACCAGCAUCGGGUACUGCUGCGCCUCCAUCCACACCAGAAGCUUCUCCGGUCAUUCAUGCUGUCGCAUCACCUAUUGUCGAUAAUGGAGCUAGACAAGAGAUGGUGAAUCAAUUAGCUCUCAAGACUGGAAUGAACUUGGAAUGGUCCAUCAAGUGUUUGGAUGGAAAUGAAUGGGACUAUAAUCGUGCGUGUGCUAUUUUUCAAAACCUGUUCAGUCAAGGAAAAGUUCCUCCCGAAGCGUUUAUAAAAUGAAUUAUUGGAUAUUGUAUAGGAUUUCGGACUAUGUCUUUAUUUUGAGUUUGUUCAAUCUUAUAAUAGUUGAUUACCAUUUCGCGAUAAAGAAGUGUAAUGGCCAAGAAAUAUGUAUUCUUUACACGUUUUUAUGUAAAUAAUUCCGAAUGGCUUUUUAUUCACUCACUUAUCUUUAUGCAAGAUGUAAUUUUGUUUCAAGAGCAAACAGUGAGAAAUUGAUGAUUUUUUAAGAAGUUGUAGAUGCUACGUAUAAAAGUAAUUCCUUUCAAGAGAUUUUGUUUUGUAAUAAGGUGUGUAUCUUGAAAUACACACUUUAUGCAAAACAGAAUCUCUUGAUUUUAAUUAUUUCCCAUCCAGUUUAUUUGAGUCUCGAUUUUCUACUUAAAAUUGUAACACGUUAGGAUGAUGAACAUUGAAAUUUAAGCAAUUGUAUUUUCCACACUGUUAUUUUUUUAUGUAAAUCGGCUUUAUAAGCAAAUUUAAUCGAAUUCUUCGAACUUAAGGUAUGUUAGUUUCAAGUACAGUAGCAUACGAGUGGACCUUUUUGUAGAAAAAUAAAUAUAUAUUUGUAUAAGAGAA